AUGGCUUCGUCUGCGCUGUCGACAUCCGACGCAGCUGCGGCCACUGGACCUGUUCUUCUCCAAACUGCUCGCAUUUGGGCGGAAACAGAUAGGAAGAGACAAUUUGUACGAGCCAUGCUGGAUGGAGGCAGUCAACGGACGUUCAUAAAGGAAUCACUGUCUCACGAACUCAAAUGCGAACCCGUCGGGGAAGAAGCUCUGUCCAUAUUCUCUUUCGGUUGUACUCCGCUCAAAAGGGCGUGUCGUCGUGUGAAGGUCUGGCUUCGCAGCCAGUACAGGCGCCAGGACACAUGCGUCGAAGCGUUGGAAACGCCCGAGAUCUCCGCGAACCUUAUGCCUUCUCCUGACGCCAACGUCACGAGGGUACUGAACGAGAAAGGUAUGGAAGUAGCCGACGCCGCGGUAUUUGGCACAACCUGUAAACCCGAAGUCCAGAUACUGAUUGGUUCGGACUAUUACUGGGCGGUCGUGACGGGCGAAUCCCAACGUAUUUCGGAGAAGCUCUUUGCCGUCAACACUAUAUUCGGUUGGACAGUUCAAGGGCCUAAUACGUCAUCGUCUUCCUGCUUCAACACCGGUGUAGGGGUGUUACGGGUUACGGUGGAAAGCACCGAAAACGAAGCAUCUGUAGAACUUCAGCGAUUUUGGGAUCUUGAACACAUUGGAAUCAAGCCAAACGAGGUCGAACACGAUAGCCUUUGGAAGAACGAAGUACUGGCCCAGUUUCGUAGCAGUAUUGAGAAGAAAGACAGGAGGUACGAAGUGUCACUGCCGUGGACGGACAAAAAAGAGGAACUUCUUCCAAAUCUUCAAGCAGCACGAACAAGGCUGCAAUCAUUAACGAGACGUCUCAUGAAGGAUCGUGUACUCAUGGAAGAGUACGAUGCAGCCAUUCGUCUCUAUGAACAAAACGGUCAUGCCGAAAAGGUGCCGACUGGGGAGUCGGAUAACGUAGUCUACUAUAUGCCACAUAGAGCGAUCAUCAAAAGAGAAAGAGAAACCACCAAAAUAAGAAUUGUGUUCGACGCCUCGUCCAGCUCUUCAAACGACCCAUCACUGAACGACGUCCUUCACGCUGGUCCGAACCUCAACCCUGACAUGCUUCACGUGAUGAUUAAGUUCCGCGCCAACACAAUUGCUUUAACUGCCGACGUUGAGAAGGCGUUUUUGCAGAUUGCACUAGCCGAGAGCGACCGAGAUGCGCUAAGGUAUCUCUGGUAUGCUACAACACCAAGGAUGGGCCAACCAUUGCCAGAAAUUGAGGCCCUAAGGAUGACACGGGUACCGUUCGGAGCUACUUCUAGCCCGUUCCUUCUAGCAGCGACUUUGCGACACCACUUUCGUGAGAUGUCCGACAUCUUCCCAUCCACGUGCAAAAUUCUUGGUGAAAGUUUCUACGUCGAUGACUUGGUGACCAGCGUAAACACACUUCAAGAGGCGAGACAGCUUUGCGAGGAAUCCGUGGCGAUCGUUGAACACUGUGGCAUGAAACUUCGAAAGUGGGCAACCAAUGACCAUCAAUUGAGGGAGGCACUUCGACAACAGGGCGACGACUGUCUAUCACAGCAGCUCGAGAGCAAAGUUUUAGGCGUCAUCUGGGACACCAGGACAGACCACCUACGUGUCGCGUUACGUUCCGUCAUGGACUUCUUAAUCACGGCUGAUGACACAAAGCGCAGCUUACUCCAAGCGACUGCAAGGGUGUUCGAUCCUCUCGGAUUUCUUGCGCCCUUCGUUAUCCGAGCAAAGAUAAUGUUCCAACGUGUUUGGCAGAGAGAACUGAACUGGGACGAUGACCUCCCGACUGAGGUACUUGAGGACUGGCAGAGGUGGCGAAAAGAACUCCACCAGGCCAAAGAAAUUGCCAUUCCGAGAGCCUUGAAAGGAACAGAAGAAAUUCACCACCAAACACUCCACGUGUUCUGCGACGCUAGCUUGCUAGCAUACGGUGCCGUCGUAUACCUCAGGACAGAAUACAAAAACGGCGCAUGUACGGUUUACCUCAUCCUAGCUAAGGCUCGGGUAGCUCCUUUGAAGCGCAUCUCGCUUCCCCGCCUAGAGCUACUUGGAACCUUACUAGGAGCUCGACUCUGCGACUACGUAGCGGCGUGUUUUCCCGACAGACAUGGAGCCAUACUAUGGUCGGAUUCGAUGAUCGCCCUCAGCUGGAUACGUGGUGACGCUCAGCGUUACAAACCCUUUGUGGCUAAUAGGAUAUCCGAGAUACAGAGUUCAAGAAGCAUAUCUGGCUGGCGACACUGUCCAGGGGAACAGAACCCAGCAGACCUCCUGACCCGCGGCAGUUCGAUUCACUCGUUACACUCGCGCACUCACUGGUGGGAAGGACCACAAUGGUUAAAGGAAUCACAGGAACAGUGGCCAAGUGCAACCACAGGCGUGGGGAAGGAUAUUAGUGAAGAAGUAAGAGCGACGCACGUUUUGCUUCUACCAUCGCCGCCAACGGAGCCGAUCCUCCAACUUACCAACUGCUCUUCUUUAGACAACGUCGUCAGAACAACGGCGUGGAUAUACCGAUUCCUGCACAACUCAAGACGAGAUGAAUCCGCAACAGGUCCACUUUCUACAUGUGAGAUACGACGCGCAGAAAACUACUGGAUAAGACAAGUACAAGCGGAAUCGUUUUCGGAGGAGCUUGAAGCGGUCAAAUCAUCAUGGCAUCUAAAGGUCACAUCGAAACUAAGAGAUUUGCAUCCUUACUUGGACAAAGAUGGAAUUCUACGCAUAACGGGACGUCUACAACGGGGAGAAGAAAGCGAAGAAGUAAAGCACCCGAUUGUCUUACCCAAAGAUCAUCGUUUCACUCAACUUCUUAUCUCGCAUCGACGUUUGCUCCAUUCGGGUGUCCGCGACACGUUGGUCGAGCUAAGGGAGCUCUACUGGAUUAUCCAAGCACGUCAAGCAGUUAAGAAGGAGCUGUACAAAUGCCACCGCUGUAGACGUCAAAGAGCGCGGCCUGCUUUUCUAGAGACAGCACCACUUCCACCGGAUCGUAUAACAAGAGCCGAACCCUUUGAGGUGACUGGAGUAGAUUUUGCGGGGCCGCUCUUUUACAAAGCUCCAGACGUCAACUCAAAGAAAUGCUACAUAGCUUUGUUCACGUGUGCGGUGACGCGAGCCGUGCACCUGGAAAUUGUAGACGACUUGACAACCCAAAGGUUCCUAAUGGCAUUUCGUCGCUUUGUGUCCAGAAGAGGACUGUGUAAAGUCAUUUAUUCCGACAAUGCGCUAACCUUCAAGCGAGCAUCCAAGGAUCUGAACAGCCUCUGGAAGAGCGUACGGCACCCCGACGUACUCGACUACCUCUCUCCAAGCCGCAUCCAGUGGAAAUUUAUCGUCGAGAGAGCAGCAUGGUGGGGCGGCUUUUGGGAGAGGUUGGUGCGGACGGUAAAAGAUGUUCUGCGUAGAUCGUUAGCGAAGGCUCUACUACGACACGAUGAACUCGUCACAGUUCUGACAGAGGUCGAAGCCAUUAUCAAUUCACGCCCUCUCACCAGUGUCUGCGACUCAGCUGAGGAUCUGUCUGUUCUUACCCCCUCUCACUUCCUCAUUGGACGGAGACUGACGGCGCGGCCAGCAGGCACAGCUACCCCCACAACGUCGGACAGCAACACCCUCAUCAAGAGUUACCGAUAUCGUGAGCAGCUGCUGAAUUCCUUCUGGAACAGAUGGCGAAAAGACUACCUGUUGCAACUUCGGUCCAAUCACGUUGUUAAAAGCGGAGUCGGAGCGACAUUGAAGCCUGGGGACCUUGUCCUUCUUGUGCAGGAGCGCUUGCCACGACACUUGUGGCAGGUAUGCCGCGUGAACUCUGUUAUACCCGGAGCGGAUCGGAGAGUGCGGGUGUGCAUCGUUCGGCUGCCUAGCGGCGCACUGUUACGUCGACCAGUGCAACUCCUUUGCCCACUAGAGAUUGUAUAA